GCAUGUCAUCUGGCCCAGCGACCUCCGGCUCAUCAUCGGCUCACACCGAGACCCAAGUGGUGGAUGAGAUUCCGGAGGCACUCAACACUAUAUUGCUGAUGGUGGUAAAGAACUUCUUCUCAAGUGAGCACUUUAUCAUCGUCUACCACAUAAUGCGAGCCCAGUGCAUUCGCGAGGAAAAUCUCAAAGCCCGAAUACAAUUCGAUCAGAAAAUGCUCAGACAGCUCCUCGCGUCUCUGAAAGCUGAAAAACUCGUGAAAGAGCGCACGAUUACGCAGAAAAACGAGAAUAAUCGAACGGUUUCCAUCAUUUUCUACUAUAUAAACUAUCGGGCUGUGCUCAACGUGGUGCGCUACAAAAUCGAUCACAUGAGACAAAAACUCGAGUCCCGAGAGCAAAUGGACACAAAUCGAGCUCACUAUCGAUGUGGAGCGUGUCAGAGUUCUUAUGAUAUGCUGGAAAUCAAUCGGAUAUUGGACGCUGAAAGCGGGCGGCUUAUUUGCUGGCGGUGCCACGGAGAUGUGUUGGCGGAUGAGACGGUAGUACCAUCGAGGACGACGAGAACCGCUGUGGCACGCUUCAACGAACAAAUGACACCGCUCUUCUCUCAUAUUUGUGCUCUAAACGGUAUCCAAUUGGCUCCGCAUCUCCUUGAACCGGAUAUCACGAAAUAUUUGGAAGAUGACAAAGAACUGCAACUACAGCAACAACAAAUGGACUUUACGUCGGGUGGAGGUGGUGGUGGACGGAUACAGUUGGGAGGAGUCGCUCAUUCUUAUCAAAAUAUCGCUUCGAUCAAUUAUCAGAAUGGAGAUGCAGUUUUUGUGGAUUUAAAUGCGGAUAUUAAUAAGGGUCCUGUGGAAGAAGCCAAAAUUAUGCCAGAAUGGCUCAAGGAUAAUGCAAUAGGCGGUGGUGAAGCUUCACACAAUGAGCAUGUACUGGAUCAGGCCAAAACCGAGGAAGAAGAAACAUCAACGAAACAGCGACGUUAUGGACCAUCUCUGGACUAUCUGAAGGAGAUUGAGUGCAGUUCGGAGGAAUCUGCUCCAAAUGUCAAAAUUGAAGAGCCACCUGCCAAGCAAAUAAAGAUGGAAGUCGACGAGGAAGCUAUCAAAAUGGAAGUUGACAACGACGAAAGUGAGGAGGAAGACUUGAUCCACGUGGCGGGGCGAGCACUUCCGCUGAGCCAAAUCACACCUCGAAUGGUCGAGAACGAGAUGAGUGAGCUGGAGAAGGAGAGCUAUUGCAGUGUUGUGCAGGAUCUUUUUGCAAUGUUCUUUUCUCAACAAAUUGCUAUUCAUUAAGUCUCGGUUUUUUGAGAUAUUACCGCCAAAAUUUAGUGAUGUCUAGGAUGGUAUAGAGGAUUGUUUACUCUCCAAUUCUCCUAAUACCGUCAAAAUGACAAAUUGCCUUGAAAUUUUUAUAUUUUCCCCUACCAUUCCCUCUAGUUUUUCACCUGUUUCAUCAUCAUUUCAUCACGGUUCAAAUCCUUUUUUAUUUUUUUUCUCGUUCCAGAAAUUUACUAUUGUUUUAAAAAUAAUAUUAUUAUGAUUGUGUUGUUUUACUCUCAUCAUUUUACACCAUUUAUUCGAGUACAUUUCAAAAAUGAAACUUUAUUUCGCGAGAUUG